AGUGCGAAGGAAAUUGAAAAAGAGAGAGAGCAAACAGGCGAACAUGUGGUACCGUAGCGUGUCGCGAGCGUGCUGCCACGGCCCGGCGUCCACGGCUGCUUUUCUGCGUUGGCAACCGCGGGCGGUGCAGCGGCGAUGGGCAUCUUCAUCGUCUGGUAGCAGCAACAGCAGCGGCGGUGGCGGUGGCGGUCACGGAGCACGCGGUUUCCGCGCUGGCGCGGUUGAUCCAACGCCGUUCCAAGUGAAGCCGAACUUCAACAUUCCUCUGUGGCAGCCGCCGGCGCGUUUCAUGAAGUAUCGAGCCGUGCGGUGGCUCUCCAACAACCUGCUGGCGCUCGCCACCUACCAAAUGGCGCUGGAAGUCGGCUUCACGAUCGUCUUCGGCAGUCUGCUGUACGCCGACGUGAUCACCGCGCAGGGCGUAUGCGAUGGGUUGGAGCGGUACCGCUACCCAUUUGUGAGCUGGAUUGACCUGUCCGACUGCGUGUACACGGAGCCGAUAAAAAUAGGGCCAUUUUCGUUGAAUCCGCAGAAGAUGACCGCGCUGCACACGGGGCACAACAUCGCGAACGGCUUGCUGCCCGUGCAGGUGCUGCUGAUGCUCUCAACAUUCGCACCGGUGCACCGGCUGUAUCGCGUGAUGCGUCACCUACCUCCUGUAGCCGCAUCUGCCGCAGCCGGCAAGACCGCUGUUUCUCCGGGUGCGGCAGCGACGGUGGCACAUCCGGCGCGUCGUGCGUCGUACGCGCGCACGUCUGCCAAGUCGACACCUCCGCGGCAGCCUUUCUAA